AUGGCCGACCGACGCACUGUGGGGGAUAUGCUCGCUGAUACCUUGAUAACAGCGAUGAAGGAGAAAGAGGAGCAGCUCGAUAAGGAAAUCGAGAAAUUAGACAAUAUGAAAGAGGAUGACAUCGAGGAGAUCAGACGUAAGAGGUUAGAAGAGAUGAAGGAGGAUUAUAAGGCCAGUCUAGAGCUUCGUUCCAAGGGACAUGGUGAAUACAAGGAGUUGCAUUCUGAAAGAGAAUUCUUCGAAGCUGCCAAGGUUUCAAAGCUCAUGGUUUGCCAUUUUUAUAGACCUACAACAUGGCGAUGUCAGAUAGUAGACAAGCACUUGUCUGUUCUAGCAGAGAAGUACAUCGGCACUCGAUUCGUCAAAAUCAAUGCGGAAAAAUCGCCCUUCCUAUGUGAUCGAUUUAGGAUUAUGAUGCUGCCGACUAUCAUGCUGGUCAAAGACGGUAAGACAGAGCACUCGGUGAUCGGUUUCGAUGAGUUCGGCGGGCGGGAUGACUUUGAUACAGAUGCUAUUGAGGAGAGUAUCUACAACAACUUGAUUGUUGUGUACAUUGAGGUCAUCAUCACUGUUGUUGUGAAGGCCGUAUGUAGGAAUGCUUCCAAACAGCUCAGUGGAUCUGUUAGAAGGAUGAGUAUCAAGCCAGAGGCCCAAAGGAAGGAAGUUGAAUGGUCUCGGCGAGUCACUUUGCCGCUGGCUGAUGUUGUGCAUAAGGAUGCUGUCGCGGUAACAGGAAGCUUGGACUUGUUCGAUGAGAGGGUCGCAUCUAAACAGCAUGAUGGGAAGCAACAGAAGAGGGCGCGGGAACAACGACGGAAGGCCUGGAUGGGAAAGGAGGUCACACCAUGGAUGGAGAAUGGUUGGGACUAUGAGGGGAAAUGGCGAGGGGAGCACCUACCUGAAGACCCUACUGUGCCCUAUGGUGUACUACCUAAUGCACAUCUUCGGAAGGCUGUGCUCAUCAAGAAGGACUCUGGCCUCAAGAGGUGGAUACCGAUAGUAAACCUUCCUCCAGGAGACCUCAUUGAGGUAGCUUGUUCAACCCCUGGGAAGUACCACUUGGACCCAGCAUUUUGGGACGCCCUUUGUCGGCGUGCGGAGUACAUCAGUCAUUGCUUCUCUGUAAAGCAGAUUCGGAGGUUGUUGGGUGAGGCCGCCGCCGCCAACACCUAUGGAUCGCCUCUGAAUAUGCCAUGCCUAGGCGCGUUGGCUUCGGCGGAGUGUAAGGCCCAUCCUGGGUUACUGAGGAAGAUGAGCUCAGAGCUGUUGGAGAGGUUCCCACAACUCACGUUACUCACCUGCUCAGAGUGUGCUGAGGCGUAUCAAAAGCUUGAAUACGAUCAUACGGGUACCUAUAAUAUGUUGGCAUUAGCCUUCGUACAGGAAAUGGAGGAUAUUCGAUAUCCUCUUGUUGGAUCCGAGAAGAGCAGGCAAUCGACUUCACCUGAGCGAGCUCUUCAGAUGGCAGCGAAGAUCCUUACGGCCUUCUCCAAGGCAAAGCUCAAUGGUGCCACUCCAAACGAUUUGCUCGACUGCUGUGCUCAUACAUUGUAUUCCCAUCGGGAGGUGUUGAAGGAUUGUGUGGAUGAUUAUAUAGCAGCAGUCGAUGCAUACAGGAGAUUUUCUCGUGCUGUUACGGCGAUUGAGCUGGCCAGAAUCAUCUUGGCGUCUGAUAUCGCGUUGGAAGUGCACCGAAUAGGUCGUCUUGCGAGAGCUGUUCAUGGCCUGGAGGGGAAUGUGAUGAUAGCGACUGAGUUGGCCGAUUGUGUGAGGGCAUCAGUGAAGGAUGCUACGGCAUUGAGAGGAGGAGAUACUGUCGAGCUCACUGUCCAAAGGGAGGAUCAUGGCAAUGAGUUGGAUGAAUUUGGUAUGCCUACAAGGAGAAUAUCUUCGCGGAAGAUAACUAUCGAAAUCGAUCGCCUGAUCGAUUUAAUAGAGUGUUUGAUGGCUGUUGGGCAGGAAGGUGUGCUCAUCCCCAUCGUUGGACAUUAA